AGGAGGAAGCGGCUCCCGGGCCAUGGAGCUGCCUCCGGGCCGCUUCCCGGCCGCCCGCGCCGCGGCGCCGGCCCUGGGCUACCUGCGGUACCUGCGGGGCGGCCCCGGCCGGGGGCUGCGCCUGCGGGAGCUGCGCCGCGCCCGGCGCCAGGACAUUGAUGAUGUGGGGCACAAGUACUACCUGGAACUGGAGCUGGAAGAUGUCCUGGACAAAGACAGGACUGUGAACUGCACUGCUGAGGUUCUGUAUCACCUGGACAGCAAAAACUCUGCUCCAGAUGUGCAGGUCACUGUGCAAGGAGAGCUCAGGAGCACAGAGGAAGCAGACAAGGAGUUCUACAAUUGGAUCAGGAGCCUGGAAAAGGAGCUUGUGGCUGAGAACAUCCCAGACAGCCACGGGAACGUUCCCCCAGAGCUGGAGCCCAUCCACCUGCUGGCCUGGGUGGCCUCAGGCUACGUGAUCUGGCAGAAUUCCACCGAAAACACCAAGUUCCACCUUGCCCAAGUCAAACACGUGAAGCAAGUGAGAAAAUAG